AUGGCCGACGAAAACCAGCAACGUCAAGUUGCAAGCUCAAGCGAGAACGGGAGUUACAAGAUUGAGCCCGAAGUUUCUCAACCGGAUUCACUCCACGUUGACGAGGAUCUCGAUGAGAAACUCGAACCGACAGGAUGGCACACAAGCGUUCUUGUGGUCCUCUCUUCACACUUUGUGGUCAUGAAUACCUCUGGCUUCACGAAUUCCUUUGGAGCACUACAAAGUCACUUUAUCGAAACGUUCGAUCAGCCUUCUUCAACAAUCUCAUGGAUCGGCUCCAUGCAGAUAUUUCUAUACUUCUUUGUCGGCAUAGCUUCAGGCCGGCUCACAGACGCGGGACACUUUAGAGUCGUGUUUCUACUAGGCUCACUCGCAAACGUUGUUUGCAUCCUGGCAGCAUCCUGUAGCUCAGAUCUCUGGGCCAUGUUUAUCACGCUGGGUCUCGGUGUGGGUUUGGGUAAUGGAAGUAUGUCUUGCCCAAUGCUCACUGUCAUGUCGCCAUACUUCUCAUCGCGGCGAGGCUUGGCAAUAGGGAUAGCUAUGUGCGGUGCCUGUACUGGAGGUUUGGUAUACUCUGCCAUCAUGCGUCAGCUCAUGCCAACAAUAGGCUUUCCAUGGACGAUGCGUGUAAUCGCGCUCAUUCAAUUUGGUACUUUGACUGUAUCGAAUAUAUGUUUGCGCCCCAGAAUGAAGCCGAAAAAGACUCCAGGUUGGAUUGACUGGACAGCUUUUCAGGAUGCCCGUUAUAAUUACUACGCUAUCUCGGGAUUCGCUUCUUUGCUCAGUCUUUAUAUCUUCAUAUUCUUCAUUGUCGACUAUUCGCGUACGGCCGUAUCACCACCCUUCUCACAACAGAACUCAAUCAAUCUCCUGUUGAUAUUCAAUGGUAUCAAUGUAUUUGGUCGUAUCGGGUUCACCUCUGCUAGUGAUAAAUUUGGAGUGAUGGCUGUCUCUAUAUUCGUCGCUGGUGCAACAGCAACCACCCUGUUCUCUUGGAUCGUGGUGACGACACCCCCGGGCAUGUACGUAUGGACUAUAUUUUGCGGAACCCUCUGUGGUGGCAUACAAGGUCUUUUCCCGGCUGGCCUUGGCUACCUCACAGCCGGUAGGGAGAAGUCAGGGACACGGAUCGGCAUGGCGUUUGGUAUUGUGAGUAUUGCCAGCUUGAUUGGGUCUCCAAUUGGUGGGGUUUUGAUUGGAGGUAUGAACGGAAAAUAUUUAGGGGCGCAAAUAUUUGCUGGUGCUACAAUGGCCUUGUGUGCUUUAUUUGUGGAAGCUGCACGAAGGGUUGACAGGUCUAAGGCGCACGACUUGCAAGUCUAA